ACCCAACAACCACCAAUCACAGCGUCUCCCUGAAAAUUUUGCACAGAUGUUUAUAAUGAGAUUUUCGUGAUUACACAUCACUUGUACAUCCAGAGAACGAAGAGGCCUUCUGUUAAAAGGUUUAUUGUUGGGAACUUCUACUCCUGGAAGCUCUGCAGGAGUGAGGCUUCUGUGAAUAACCAGAAAAACAACAGAAUUUCAGACAGGCCUAACCGCCAGCUGCAGUCACCUGUAGCAACACUCAAGCUCUCCUCAGGCUUAUUUGGAGUGUCCCUGCUUUACAUUUGCAUCAUGAUUUGGACAAAUAGUACAAGUGCCUAUACCAGAUUUCUUAUGUGGCUUCUUCUGUACAUGUUCAUCAAGAAGGUGAUGCCUGAAGAUAACAUCAUUACAACCAAGAAAGGCAGAGUCAGAGGGAUGAACCUGCAAGUACUCGGGGGAACUGUGACAGCUUUCCUUGGAAUACCUUAUGCACAACCCCCCAUUGGUAGCCUGAGAUUCCAAAAACCAGAACCUCGUGAGAAGUGGUCAGAUAUUUGGAAUGCCACAAAACAUGCAAACUCUUGUUACCAGCUUCUAGAUACAACGUACCCAGGAUUUCCUGGAUCAGAGAUGUGGAAUCCAAAAACUAGCCUAAGUGAAGACUGCUUAUACCUUAAUGUAUGGAUUCCUUCUCCCAAGCCCAAGAAUGCAACUGUCAUGGUGUGGAUAUAUGGUGGUGGCUUUGAGACUGGGUCAACUUCCCUACCAGUCUAUGAUGGCAAGUUUCUGGCCAGGGUAGAAAGAGUCAUAGUGGUUUCCAUGAACUACAGAACUGGUGCAUUAGGAUUUUUGGCUUUGCCGGGAAACCAGGAAGCUCCUGGAAAUGCAGGUUUAUUUGAUCAAAGAUUGGCACUUGAGUGGGUCCAGGAGAACAUAGCAGCAUUUGGAGGCAAUCCAAAAAGCGUGACUAUAUUUGGAGAGAGUGCUGGCUCGGCUUCUGUCAGCUAUCAUAUCCUUUCUCCCAAAAGCCAUCCUUUAUUCACAAGAGCCAUCAUGCAAAGUGGAUCUGCAAAUGCCCCUUGGGCUGCAGUAACAGCAUCUGAGGCCAGAAACAGAACGGUGGCUUUAGCUAAACAACUCCAGUGUUCCACCAGCAAUGAGACAGAGCUAAUUCACUGCCUUCAAGACAAGGACCCAAUGGAUAUACUGGAGAAUGAAAUUUUUGCUGUAACAUACGACUCUCUUAUACGAGUAUAUUUCUGUCCCACUGUGGAUGGUGAUUUUCUCUCAGACAUGCCAGAAACAUUGAUUAAGAAUGGCCUUUUCAAACAAACACAGAUCUUAGUCGGUGUUAAUAAAGAUGAAGGAUCAUCAUUUCUAGCAUAUGGAGUCCCUGGCUUCAGCAAAGAUAGUGAUGGCUUGGUCAAUGAAACAGAAUUUGAAACAGCUUUAACUGUGUCCUUCCCAGAAGCAAGCCAACUUGCAAUAGAAUCCAUCAUUUUUCAGUACACAGACUGGGAAAAUGAGGAAAAGCCAGAACGUUACUCUGAUGCUAUGGAUGAUAUCGUUGGUGACUACAAUAUAAUAUGUCCUACAGUGGAAUUCACAAAAAAAUUUGCACAAUUGGGACACAAGGUCUUCUUUUAUUUCUUUGAGCAUCGAUCUUCAAAGCUCCCUUGGCCAGAAUGGAUGGGAGUAAUGCAUGGCUAUGAGAUCGAGUUUGUGUUCGGAUUGCCCCUAGAGAGAAGAGUGAAUUACACUAAAGCAGAAGAAGUUUUGAGCCGGUCCAUGCUGAGAUACUGGGCAACUUUUGCUAAAACUGGAACUCCAAAUGGAACCUUGACUAAUGAAACCAGAUGGCCAGUCUUCACUAACACUGAACAAAAAUAUUUGACAUUAAACACGGGCACUUCGGAGAUCCUGACAAAGUUACGGGCCAAGCAGUGUCGGUUCUGGAAUAAAUUUUUUCCUAAAGUCCAGGAAAUGACAGGAAAUAUUGAUGAAGCAGAACGAGAGUGGAAAGCAGGAUUCCAUCGCUGGAAGAAUUACAUGUCAGAGUGGAAAAAUCAAUUUAAUGAUUACACUAGCAAGAAGGAGAGAUGUGCAGGCACUAAUUAAUAUGUUUACCCUUUCCAGUAUGUCCGUAUUACUGUUCAUCAGGCAGAUAUACAGGUAGCUUUCUAACACUCCUGGCAUUAAAUCUAUCAUGCAGAUUUAAAAAAUAAUGUUAUGGAUAUAAUUUUGAUUCCCCAGAUCUUUAAUUUGUAUUUUACUUCAUAUCUCAAUAAACAAUAUAAGGCAUCCA